GGGGACAAAAUUUGCCUUCGGUUAGUAUUUCUCGGUUCCUUCGCCUCAGUAAAACGGGCUAGUAGUAUCGCAGUGCCUCCAAUUACUCCUUAUAGCCGCCCGGAAGCGAGCGAAGGGCAACGUUUCUAACGCUGCAAACACACAAAUACACGCGUUACGGUGCAGCGGUUGGCUGUUGCAAAUGGCGAUGCGGUGGUUUUUCUGCUGUUGAAUCCGCGCGCAACAAAGAAAUUUCCAUCGAAGGUGGUGCCGCGGGCGUAAGAUAAGAUUUUCGGUCCUCGCGAGUGUACCCUCCCCCCCCCCCCCCCUCCCGGCCGAGUUGUCUCCUAUUAUCGACCGACGCGCGUUCGCGGAUUGAGCAACCGUCCUCGCGUCGUGAUACCGUUUUUCUUUAGUUGGUGAAUUAUUGUGGUCUACUAUUGAUCGAGAAGUUGUGCAUGAGGAAGAAGAGUGUUUUCCGUGAAGUUGGUGCUUAGAAACGAAAGGGGCAAGUACGGUUGCUGUGACGGAAAAGUGUGAAGAAAAGUGUGUGCGUGAAGAGGGGAGAAAAGGAAGCCCAAGGCAGCGACGACGACGACGACGACGACGACCGAAGCAAGCCAGCAGGGCAGGGCAGCCUCCUCCAUAUAACGGCUGCGGUAGAUGCGAUCGGGAGGAAAACAAAAUGAAAAUGUUUCGUGGCAGUCAAUCAUGCCGCCCAGCAACUGCAACCCAGAGAUCGGCGGCCUGGUUUCUGGUGCUCCUCGCUACCAGCUUUACGAUCGUUCAGAUCCAGGCGCAGUCAUCGGACGAUGGAAGCGGCCAGUGUGUAUGGUAUGGUAUCUGUAACAAGGAUAUACUAGGGCGAUCACAGUACUGUCCCUACAAUGGAAUGGCCAAACCGGCCGACAGCAAGACGCAAGAGCUCCUCAGUGUUUGGUGUUCCCAUCUGCUGGUAGAAGAUAGCAGUAACAACGUAAACACGUGCUGUGAUUCCGAACAGGUCGAGGUGCUGAACAAGAAUGUGGCGCUUGCAGCAAACUUUCUCGCGCGGUGUCCGUCCUGCAUGGCAAACUUGGUACGGCAUAUGUGCGACUUCACCUGUAAUCCAAAGCAGUCGAACUUUAUGAAGGUGAUUGCUACCGAGGAGGUAGAUCCGAAAGACGAUGGUGCCAAUGAAGCCACAACGGUCGCACCGAAGGAGUACAUCACACAGAUCGACAUCCAUAUCACUGGCCAGUACAUGAACGGAACGUUCGAAUCCUGCAACCAGGUGUCGGUACCAUCCACAGGCCAGCUGGCGCUUGAUAUGAUGUGCGGUGAAUGGGGCGCGUCCCGUUGUAGUGCAUCGAAAUGGUUCUUUUACAUGGGGGAUGCCGAGGGCAACCCGUUCGUACCCUUCCAGAUCAGCUACAUUGCACACGGAUCGCCAAACGAAACCGUGGACGGAUUUCUGCCAUUGGAUCCGCGCAUUGUUCCGUGCUAUGAGAAGUUGGACAAAAAUACACCAGCGUGUUCCUGUGUGGAUUGUGAGCGAUCCUGUCCAAAACCACCGCCAGCACCGGCACCGCCACAACCGUUCGUCAUCUACAAUCUUGACGGAUACGCGGUGGUGAUGUUUGUCGUGUUUGUCGUCUGUAGCGGAUUGUUCCUGAUCGGUGCCUGUUUCUGUCAUUCGAGCAACAGCAGCGGUAGCAGUGGCGCAAAACUAUUGGUAGAUGGUGGUGACACGCUGCCAUCAGACCUGCGGUCUCACGUGGGCCGCAGGUUGGCCGGUGGGCUCUCUAACAGUGGCGAUCUGGGCACGGAUCGGGAAGACUCACCGCUACAGUCGAAGCGAUCGAGUAGGUUUCCGGAGGGUGCUACCUGGGAUGGCGAGCAAGAGCUUCGGCCCCAUCCAUCGGGACCGGAAGGCGGCGAAUUGGAUGACAACGAAUCAGGCUACUUUGAGCUGCUAGGUGCGAAGACGGAAGUUGCACUGGAACAUUUCUUCACCGUCUGGGGUACAACCUGUGCGAAGCAUCCUUGGUUGGUGCUCCUUGGAGGACUCGUGUUCAUCGUGACCAUGGGAAUGGGAAUACAUUUUCUGCGUGUUACGACAAAUCCGGUGGAACUGUGGGCCUCGCCGUACUCCCGGUCUCGUGUCGAGCGUGAAUAUUUUGACUCCAACUUUGAACCAUUCUAUCGUAUCGAGCAAAUAAUUAUCAAGGCAGAGAACAUGAGCAACGUGAUGCACAAUACCUCGAACGGAGUGAUUGAGUUUGGGCCAGUAUUCAACCGACAGUUCCUACUGGACGUGUUUGAUCUGCAGCAGCAAAUUAAAAAGAUCGUCGCGUCAGCGGGUGGUAACAGCAACGAGACGAUUGCGCUAAAGGACAUAUGUUUCGCUCCGCUCAGCUCGGACCUUACUGGACCGGUGAAGACGGAGGACUGUGUUGUGCAGUCCCUUUGGGGCUAUUUCUCGGAUGAUUUAGACACCUUCGACGAGGAGGAAGAAGAUCCUCAAGGUUUUGAGGUGAAC